UUAAAGCUCCACAUCCAGCGCCACCUAGAGAUUCGAUGUAAAAAUUCCGUUCGGAAAUUGAAGGUGUUCACGAGCGGAUUGUGACAAUGAAAGCCAUUUAACAGCAUUUGUUUAUACAAAAACGCCGCAUGAGAAAAGCAUGGAUUGCAAAAGUAUUCCUAAAAUUGAGCUUCAUGCUCACCUCAAUGGCAGUCUCAGCAACGCAAACAUCUUGGAAUUGCAUCAAAUGAAAUAUCCCCGGAACGAUCAGGAUGUCAAUUCCGAAGCCUACAAGGUGGAGAAGGAACUUCUGGACUUGACACAGUGUUUUGUAAAGUUCAAAUACGCUCACGACUUAACGGACUGUCCUGAGAGACUGGCCAGAGCCACUGAGAACGUGAUCCGGGACUUUGCAGUGGACAAUGUGGUGUAUUUGGAGAUCAGGACAACGCCUCGAGCCACUGAUUUUAUGUCCAGGGAAACUUACUUGUCCACUGUUUGUGAAAGCAUCCGCAAAGGCGUGGAGAAACAUCCCGGAAUCCUCGUGAAGUUAAUUCCUUCCAUCGAUCGCUCGAAGGGCGUCGCAGUUGCCGAAGAAACCGUUCUGCUCGCUGUGAAGAUGAAGGAGAAAUAUCCUGAUUUGAUCGUUGGCAUUGAUUUGAGUGGAAAUCCAGAGAAUACAGAGUUUAGGGAUUUCCAAGGAGUGCUGGAGAAAGCAAGAAAUUCAGGUCUGAAGCUCGCUCUUCACUGCGCAGAGACGACAGGAACAGUUGCGGAGAAUCUGGAGAUGCUGCAAUUCGGGAUGGAUCGCAUUGGACACGGAACAUUUAUGGAUGAGAGUUCAGAGACGUGGAAAAUGCUGCUGGACAAGAAAAUCCUCGUGGAAUGCUGUGUCAGCAGCAAUCUCAAGUGCGGAACUGUGUCUCAUGUUGAGAAUCAUCACAUCGGGAAGCUCUUGGAGGCUCGCCAUCCGGUGGCAAUUUGCACUGAUGACUUUGGCGUUUUCAACACCAGCUUGAGCAGGGAAAUCGAAUUGUGUGCCAAGACCUUCAAUUUACCCCGCGAUGCCAUCGAGGAAAUCACAGUGAACAGCAUCAGACACUCUUUCGCAAGUGCCAACGAGAAAUCUCGCCUCCAGUCACUUGUCCACGAUUUCUACAGACAACAGUCUUGUGGGUAAAU